AUGGAUGAUGAUCAUGGACUAAAAAUUGAUAUCUUGAAUUUUGAAAAGAGUCUUAGGCCAGAUGAUCUUGUUGAUUGGAAAGGGUGGAUGUGUCUUUGGCCAAGCAAAAAGCUAAAAGUUCAUUGGCUUAAAGAAGGUGACAAAAACACCAAUUACUUCUUCAAAUGCAUCAAGGGUAGUAGAAACAUUAACUCCAUCCAUGGGAUUACUCUUGAAGAUGGUACUUACAUGUUUGAGUUGGACAAAGUCAAAGAGAAGCUUGUGUCUCAUAUUGAGGCCCUUGCCCUCUCAAAAGAUAUUGAUGAUGAUGAAAUUAGAAGUACCAUCUUCUCUAUGGAUAACAACAAGCCGCCAGGUCCAAAUGGAUAUGGAACAUCUUUCUUCAAGGCAGUUUUGGACAUUGUUGGGACGGAUGACAUCAAGGCUAUCAAACAUUUCUUCUCUAUUAAGCAUCUACUAAAAGAGGUAAAUUGCACUAUUCUUGCUCUUGUCCCUAAGUUUGCAAACCCCUCAUUUUACAAGGAUUUCUGGUCGAUUGCUUGUUGCAAUACAAUCUUCAAGUGCAUUACUAAAAUCAUUGUUGAUAGACUCAAGUGCAUCUUGUCGGGUUUUAUUAAUAAAGCUCAAAGCGCCUUUGUUGGAGGUAGAAGCAUUUGGGAAAAUAUCCUCUUAAGCCAAGAAAUCAUGCAUGGGUACCAUAUAGAUUCCAAGGAGAAGAAAUGCACUAUGAAGAUUAACCAUAUGAAAGCCCAUGGCUCCUUAAAUUGGGACUUCAUUGGGGGUGAUCCUCAUUACCAUUGGUAUCCCUCAUUGGUGUGUGCAAUGGAUCAUGAAUUAUGUCACCAACCCCUCAUUCUCAAUUUGCUUAAAUGGUGA